UCCAGCCACCAGUCAAACAAACAUGGCGAGGGAAUGGAGCGGCCAGCAGGGUUACAUCGUCACUGUCCUCCUCUUCCUGUGCAGCGCAGACGGAGCUCGCUCGGAGGCGACCGGCGGAGCUGGCGGCGACGGGGGACGACCAGGGGGAGCGGGAGCAGGAGCAGGAGCACGGGCAGGAGCAGGAGCAGGAGCAGGAGGAGCUGGAAGCGCCGGCGCCGGCGGCACGCAGGUGCUCGGCAUGCGGCUGGAGACGAGCGACAAGCCGGCCAGCACCACUGACGACGGCGUGCUGCAGGUGACCGAGGACAGCUCCGUGCAGCUCCGCUUCUACGGCCUGAGCCUGCACCCCGGAGCCUGGACGCUCAUCCGCUUUGCGGAGCUCGGAUCCUCGGACGAGGAUGCGGCCAACGCCAACGGCGGCGGCGGCACCUGCUCGGACUUCACGAAGGACAUUGCGGUCGGGACCUUCAUGAAUGUGAGCGGCCAGGGCACGUCGGGUCUGCUGCGCGUGCACGUCAAGCCGCUGCGCAAGAGCGAGUCGAGCAGCGAGUACGCGCUGUGCACGCGAAUGGACGACCGGGACGGCGGCGGCGGCGGCCAGCGCUGGCAGCCGCUGGAUGACCGUGACGGGCGCCUGCUGGUCGUGGAGGAGAAAAAGCCGCUGCUGCCGCUGUGGAUGCAGGCCAUCCUGACCACGUGCCUGCUGGUGCUGUCGGGCAUGUUCAGCGGUCUGAACCUGGGGCUGAUGGCGCUGGACCCCAUGGAGCUGCGCAUCGUGCAGAGCUGCGGCACGGACAAGGAGAAGAAGUACGCGCGCAAGAUCGAGCCCAUCCGGAGCAAGGGCAACUACCUGCUGUGCUCGCUGCUGCUGGGCAACGUGCUGGUCAACACCACGCUCACCAUCCUGCUGGACGACCUGAUCGGCUCGGGCCUGGGCGCCGUGGCCGCCUCCACCGUGGGCAUCGUCAUCUUCGGCGAGAUCGUGCCGCAGGCGCUGUGCUCGCGCCACGGCCUGGCGGUGGGCGCCAACACCAUCGCGCUGACCAAGUUCUUCAUGCUGCUCACCUUCCCGCUCAGCUUCCCCGUCAGCAAGCUGCUGGACGUGCUGCUGGGCCAGGAGAUCGGCACCGUCUACAACCGCGAGAAGCUGGUGGGGAUGCUCAAGGUGACCGAGCCCUACAACGACCUGGACAAGGAGGAGCUCAACAUGAUCCAGGGGGCGCUGGAGCUGCGCACCAAGACGGUGGAGGACGUCCUGACGCCGCUGGCCGACUGCUUCAUGAUCCAGGCCGAGGCGGUGCUGGACUUUGACACCAUGUCGGAGAUCAUGGGCAGCGGCUACACGCGCAUCCCCGUCUACGACGACGAGCGCUGCAACAUCGUGGACAUCCUCUACGUCAAGGACCUGGCCUUCGUCGACCCCGACGACUGCACCACGCUCAAGACCGUCACCAAGUUCUACAACCACCCCGUGCACUUUGUCUUCCACGACACCAAACUGGACACCAUGCUGGAGGAGUUUAAGAAAGGCAAGUCCCACCUGGCCAUCGUGCAGAAGGUGAACAACGAGGGCGAGGGCGACCCCUUCUACGAGGUGCAGGGAUUGGUCACCCUGGAGGACGUCAUCGAGGAGAUCAUCAAGUCGGAAAUCCUGGACGAGUCGGACCUCUACACCGACAACCGCAACAAGAAGCGAGUGGACGCCAACAAGAACAAACGAGACUUCUCGGCCUUCAAGCACGAGGGCGACGCCAAGGCCAAGAUCUCGCCGCAGCUCUUGCUGGCCGCGCAUCGCUUCCUGGCCACGGAGGUGAGCCUGUUUGGUGGCUUCCACGUGAGCGAGAAGGUCCUGCUGAGGAUCUUGAGGCAUCCCGACGUGGUGCAGGAGCUGAAGUUUGACGACAACGACAAGCGCGCACCGCAGCACUUCCUGUACCAGCGCGGCAAGCCCGUCGACUACUUUGUGCUCCUUCUGCAGGGUCGAGUGGAGGUGGAGGCGGGAAACGAGAACAUGAAGUUUGAGACGGGCCCCUUCUCCUACUACGGUGUCAUGGCACUCAGCACGCCAUCGCUAGCAGUGACCCCCCCCCUGUCCCCGUCGGUGGCGUCUCCGCCUCCGAGGCGCCUCUCACUUAAGAGGUUCUCUGUGUUCUCUCGAAUCCCAGAGUUCCGUUCGCCCACGCACGGGGGCAACCUGAACCGCUCGGCGUCAGUCGGCGGGCCGGAGAGCAGCUCCAUGGGGGGCAGCGCCGGUCAAAUCCCGGGAACGCCCUUCCAGUACGUGCCGGACUUCUGCGUACGAGCAAUCAGCGACCUGCAGUUUGUCAAGAUCACCCGAGCGCAGUACCAGAACGCCGUGCUGACGUCGCGACUGGACAGUACGCCGCAGUCCCCCGAGGGAAGUCAACAGCGCCUGGAUGCAGCGGCCACGCCGCCGGACGGGCGCCCCCCGCUGUCCCUCGCUACGCCUCCCCUCAAGCAUCCGCCGUGCAACGCCGCCGCUAGCUCGGCGCCGCGCCCCGGCCAGGCGACGCUUCCGAGCAAGCACGCCGGCCCGCGCCGAGCCACGCCGCCCGGGGAAGCCGAGGGCAUCCCGGGCGAGACCACCACGCUGCUGGGCGAGCAACACAACUGCGUGGACCCCCCCCGGCGACCCGGCCAGCCCCUGGCGCACGCGCAUACCGAGAGCACCAUCUGACACACCUCCCUCACUUCCUGUUCUUCCGUGACCAGAAAGGGCGCACGCGAAGGGUCUGCAUGCCACCUUUGGAUAAGUGAAAGCUUCUAUCGUCCAUCCCCUUUGGCGCUGUGCAACGGUGACGCACGCCAUUGUCAAUGUGCAAAUUUGCUGCUUCCGGCCCACUCAUCUGAGACAUCCAAGGACCAGACCCAAUCAAAACGGACACUUGACUUUGGGGCGUUCUCCCGCUUGCCAAGGCGCUGCGUGAAACUUUACCGUAAAUUCUCCAGCCUCUUCCUGUUGUUCCAUUGGCUUAAUAUUUAGACAACACUUUGGAUUUCUUGUAUUUGGUGUCUUGUUAGCUCCUCGAUCACUGUGAAAAAAAAAAGGAUAUCAGCGCCAUCCAACAAAAUCUGUGUCACAAACUCCCAUCAUGAUUUGGGGACUUUUUAUGUGGGAUUUUGUAAGGUGACUGAUUAGCAUUUGGUUUUGCCAGCCAUUAAUGAGAAGCAGCAGCAGCAGCUAGCUUUGGGGAGGUUAGCGUUGACAAUGACAAAUCCAAAAUGCCACGAAAAGGGAAUUUUUCCCGCAGGUUGGAGUAGUGGUGAGCGCAUCCGACUCACAUUGCUGAGGUUCUGGGUUCCAACCUGUCGGUCGAGUUAGCGUGCUAGGCUAACGCCCAACGUGGCUUCAUGUUUAACCAGCGUGUCCGUGCCCUCUCUGUGUGUUUAUUAACUGUGCGGGUUAAGAAUUCAGCACGUUUACGUUCAAAGAUUCACGGAGAGAAACAUUCCGUCGUCGCAUGCUGUCUGAACCUUUAACUUCAACGCUAAGGUAAGCUGUCGUUAGGGCAGCUUCAUUCACGGUUGCUAGCAUGUAGCUAACGUUAUUCAUGAAACUAUAAAGGGAAAAAUGAACCAUUUUAAGUGGAAAGAGUGCAGUAGAGAAGAGCACUGCGCUUGCGCACACUGUAAAUAACAUUUGGAUUUCACUUCUGCACGUUGUUGAACAAAGACGCACAAUGUGGUGGAAACGGAUCACGGUUCUCCUAUUCAUUUGGUGAAUCGGUCGGGAAUCACGAGUCACUGCUUUCCUUACGGACCUGGAACAUUUGUUUGUUUAUUUAUUUUUUAAAGGUCGUCUGGAAUGUUGUUUUAGAAUGGAACGCGCACGCAGCAGCACCACGAAAGCACAAUAAUCGUCUUGCACUGUUUGGGCCGCUAAACGUGUGGCGAUCGAUUGAUCGAUCGAUCCAUCUUGCAGAUUGACUACUGUGAUGAAAGGCUGAGGCAAAGACACACCCCAAAAAGUAGUUCUGUAGCAAUCUUAGCGUCUUAGAUUUAUGCUUGUUUAGAUUUUUAUUAUUAUUUAAGAUUAUUUUUGGUGUAAGAGCAGAUGAUCUAUACAUAAGUCGUUGCCCUACUAUAUGCAGACAUUGUUCUGCUUUUCUUUCUUUCUUUCUUUCUUUCUUUCUUUCUUUCUUUCUUUCUUUCUUUCUUUCUUUCUUUCUUUCUUUCUUUCUUUCUUUCGUUCUUUCUUUCUUUCUUUCUUUCUUUCCUUCCAUCACUCGUACUCUUUUGACCCUCUCGUGUGAACCUCGAGUGCAUAUCAACAUCAAACAAGUCCAUCUGGCCUAAAUGUCUUCCCAUUGACAUCUGCAUCCUUCCUUCCCUUCCUCGCAAUGUUGACAACAACAAUGUGUUGUUGUUUUUUUCUUCUUCUUCUCCUCCUCAUUAUUCUGCGUUGGGCAUUGCAGUCAAGUUUGGGAUCCAAAGGUCUUUUGGCAAGACACACGUUUGAUUUUGCCGGUGGUGAAUAUUUAGCGCGUCUUCUGCAAUGUUUGACAAGCCGGGAGUGUGCAACGGAUGCAGUGGUGGUUUGGAUCAUCGGGCAUCUCUGUCAAGGGUUCAUGAAUAAAUUGGACUAGCUUUCUCUACACAC